AUGGCUGAGUCAACAAGAAAGAAGCAGGAUAUUUAUCUUCUAGGCCAGCCUCUAAAAACUGCAAUUCUGAGUAACAAGUUACCAGCGAAAGGUGAAGUGAUGCGUCGCUUUCUGUACAUUCAUUUGUCAGAGAAAAUGACAGUUCGCGAUAAUCUGUUUGAUAUAGCACAUGCUAAUGCUAUUGAAGUGAUUCAGAUACAAGAAAACAGAAAAUUUUUGCUGGCACAAAGGGAACCGGGACGGCGUGGUUAUAUGAGUGAAUGUGAAUCAGAAGAAGACAGCAUUGGCAAACGUGUGCAGGUAAAACAAAGUAGGAAAAGCUUCUCCAUGUCCUGGUCACACUGUGCAGGGAGAGAGGCUACAGCAGUGCACGAAUGCCUCUUAGAAUGGAACCUAGAGGAGUCUGUUAAGGCAUUAGUGUUCGAUACUACAGCGAGUAAUACUGGAAAGAAAAAUGGAGCAUGCACCCGGCUGCAACAAAAAUUAAGGCGUAACGUGCUUCACAUAGCUUGCCCUCACCACAUAUCUGAAAUAAUACUUGAGCAUGCGUUUGCUGCAUGCAUGUCGUUUAAUACAUCAGGUCCAGAAAUAGCACUCUUCUUGCGCUUUCGAAAUGAGUUCAACAGCAUUAACCAAGCUGAUUACCAUACAAUUAUGGAUGAUGAAAGCGUGAACAGCAAAGUUGAAGAACACAAAGAAGGUAUCGUUAGCUUUUGUCUAACGCAACUUGAACAAUUUCAGCCAAGGUGCGAUUACAGAGAACUACUGGAGCUUUUACUUAUUUUGCUGGGAGAGACACCGCCAAGGGGAGCCAGAGUUCUGCAACCUGGAGCUCUGCAUAGGGCACGCUGGAUGGCGAGACUAAUAUACGCCUUCAAAUUGUACAUGUAUCGUCAUCAGUUUCUGCUGACAAGAGUUGAAGAAAAGGGAAUCUGUCGCUUCAUCGUUUUUGGCAUCUGUGUGUAUCUUAGAUCGUAG